AUGGAGGGUUCGGCGACAGGGGGAAAUCACGGAGGCGAUCCUCGUGCCGAGCAUGCCGCAACCAAGGAGUCCGAGGAGGCGGCAACGCAACACCAUCUGACGCUGCUCCAGCCGAGCGUGGUCGAAGUUUCUGCAGCCGUGCUGGAUAAGGACAAGGUGGCACAGCACGAGUCGGUGGGGCUGGUCGGUGGCUCUCCUCCUUCUGGUGGACGGGGAAGGCGUAGGCAAAGGAAGAGCGAUGGGGAGGAGGAUGAUGACACCGCCGUGCCCGGGGACCUCACCACGCGGGCGAAGAGGCGCCAGACGACAGGUAGUGCUGACAACGCCGGAGGCGCGGAAAAGGGCCGCCCCGCAGCAAGAAAAGCAUCUGGCGGAAGGAGAGGCAAGAAAGCAGCGACAGGAACGAGGCCGAAACGGGGCGAUGAAGACCCCGGUGAUACGGAGGAGGAGGAGGAUGAGGAGGAGGAUGCGGAGGGAGAGGAGGAUGAAGAGGAAGCGGAGGAGCAAGACGCGGAUGUUGGGGAGGAUGCUAAAGAUGAGAAUGAUGGCGGGGAGGACGAAGAGGAGGAGGAGGAGGAGGAGGAGGAGGAGGAGGAGGAGGAGGAGGAGGAGGAGGAGGAGGGGGAUGAGGAGGAGGAGCAGGGUGACGAGGAGGAGGAGGAGGAGGAGGAGGAGGAGGAGGAGGAGGAGGAGGAGGAGGAGGAGGAGGAGGAGGAGGAGGCAUCAGAGAAGGAGGAGGAGGAGGAGGAGGAGGAGGAGGAGGAGGAGGAGGAGGAGGAGGAGGAGGAGGAUGUGGCGCCAGGGAAGAGACGGGGCGGGCGUGGCGGUCGGGUGAGUGGGACAGGGAAGGAGGGGGGCCGGACUCGCCCUUCCCGAAAACGCGGGGCAGGUGACGCUGCGCGCGGCGAAGCAGCGGGCAAACCGAAGGCGCGUAAGGUGAAGGUCGAAAGUGAAGGGGUUGGUAAAAGCAAGGGAGCCAGGGUGCAAAAGGGGAUGGAGGAGGAAAGGGUGGCCGCGCCAAAGGGGUUCGAGUGGGUACCGGCAAGAAGGAACCUGCCGGGCGGUCUCCCCCCAUCGCCGGUCCUUCGCGCGGGCAUCAGGCAGGCACUUAUGCCAAUCCCUUCCCUGAGCUCCCCUUUUCCCGCCAGCGUGAUAGUUGAGGAGCACGAGCAGUUUGUUACACGGGAGGAGUUCCAGGCGCUGCGGUCUGAGAUGUACGCCAUGUUUGCACAGCUCGGCCUGCGUCGUGGAGUACCUGCCAGCUAUGCCGGCGGGUCGGCAGCCCUGCCUAUGGCUGGUACCCCGCCGCCGAUGAGCGCCGUGGACAAGGCACGAGUGCUAGUGUUGCAGGAGACAAACCCAUUCCCGGUAUGUGGCGGGCCAAAUGGGGCGGGUUGGGGUUGA